AUGAGAAUCUUCCAGACAGGCCCUUUGGCCGCUGCGCUCUCCAUUUUCUCCGGACUCGCUUCCGCUUCCGUCUUUCAGAAUAAUACAUAUGACUACAUCGUCGUUGGUGGAGGCCCUGCCGGAAUUAUCAGUGCUGAGAAGUUUGCUCAGGCUGGCAAGAAGGUCCUCCUCCUUGAGCGUGGUGUCGGGCCAACUGUGGCUACCGGUGCCAACGAGACGCUCCCAUGGAACCACUCGUUGACACCCAUUGACCUGCCGGGACUUUCGGCAGAUAUUGGUUCGCUUGAUGUCUGGAAUGAGUACAUGUGCACCGACACCGGUGGCAAUGCUGCCUGUGUUCUCGGCGGUGGUGUGACCGUUAACUACAUGGUCUUUGUCCACCCUCCUGCCCGCGAUUUCGAUGAUAAAUGGCCCAAGGGCUGGAAGUGGAACGACGUCGAGCCUGCUUCCGAGCGUCUCUACAAGCGCAACCCCGGCACCCUCCUCCCCUCCGCCGAUGGCAAGCGUUACGAUCAGGGUCUCUACCACGUCCUGUCCAAGUUCUUUGGUGGCCUUGGCUGGAAGUCCGUAGACAUGAGUGCUCAGCCAGACGAGAAGCACCAGGUCUACAGCUACCCGGCCUGGAAUGUGCAGAACCAGAUGCGUGCUGGUCCUGUCCGCACUUAUCUCCCCGAGGCUGUGAAGCUCGAGAAGUUCCAGCUCGCCCUCAAGACCAAGGUUAUCCGCCUGGUCCGCUCUGGCAGCCAUGUCAGCGGCGUCGAAGUUCAGACUGUCUCGGGCGAGACCGAGAUCAUCUCCGUUGCUCCUCAGGGUCGCGUGGUGCUGGCCGCCGGCGCUCUGUCUACUCCCCGUGUGCUGUGGAACUCUGGUAUCGGUCACGCCGCUCAGAUCGAGACCGCAAAGAACAACGGCGUCACCGUCCCCCCAAAGCACCAGUGGAUCGACCUUCCCGUCGGUGUCGGCCUCAAGGACCACCCUAUUUUCCAGAUCUCCUUCGACACCAACAGCUCUUUCGGUCUGGUCGACUACGAUGGUGUUCUGAACGGCUCUGAUACUCGUGACAUCUCCCUCUACCGCAAGCACAGCGGUGUCUUGACCCAGGGCAAGCACCGCAUGAUCUUCUUCACCUCCGAGGAGAUCGACGGCCACACCCAGUACUACCAGGGUUCAUGUGCCCCCACUGAUGAGGGUAUCGUCACCAUCACCUCCUAUCUGACUCACGGUCUCACCUCCUCUGGUGUCCUGGGACUCGAUGCCAACGGAAACACUGUCAUUGAGAAGUCGCCCUACCUCCAAACCGCUUCUGACCGCAAGGCUGCCCAGAGCUUUGUCUCGAAGAUGGUCAGCGAAAUCACCGACCCUUCCACUGGGUUCGAGCUUGUCACAAACACCAAUGUCUCUGCUAUUCUCAACGCCCAGAGCCCCGGGGGUUCCUCGGUCGUGGAUACCAACACCAAGGUGUACGGAACUGAUAACCUUUUCGUCGUUGAUGGCAGUAUCCACCCCGAUCUUCCCACUGGUAACAUUCAGACGACUAUUAUGGUUGUUGCUGAAGCCGCCGCUGCCAAGAUUCUGGCAUGUUAG